AUGGCUGCUCCUGCGCCUCAGGCUAUCCCUGUCUGCUCAGCGCCCUGGAGCUUGACCGGCGAAGGCUGGAUCCUCCCCCUGUUCACGCCAUUCUCCAAGGAACCGAUCCCGCUGCCCUCGGGUGCGUACGCCCCGCUCGAGCGAGGGAGCAAGGCCGACCUGAGCGAGCGGUACCACGGCGGCUUCGGUGUGGUGCUCGUCGUGCGCUACGAGUCGAGCAACGUCGGCCCUUACGACGAGCUCAUGAUCAUCCCGGGCCUGUUCAGCCACCCGGGCAAGGACGGCGGGGGCGGCGAGCCCAGCUACGCCCUCGCCAUCACGCGCAUUUACGUCUCGACGGUCGCGAGUGUCGCCAACGGGCGCAGGGAGUGGGGCAUCCCCAAGCAUCGCGCCGUGUUCGACUUCCAGAUCUCCUCGUCCGGCCGCACGACCCUAUCGGUUUCGCACCCCUCCUCCCCCUCGACGCCCUUCUUCCGCAUCGCCUUCCGCCCCUCUCGUCUCACGCCCCUCUCGAUCCCCAUCCGCACCUCGUGGCUCUCGACACGCCUCGCGCGAGUAUGCAUGGCCGGGUACGAGCCGGCGCUCGUACAGCCGCCGCUGCCCGCCGCCGAGGAGGGCGACGACCAGGGCACGGGACAGCGCGCCGACGCGCUCGUCGCGAGCGAGCAGCCGUACCGCGUCGAGCCGAGCGCGGCGGGCUGGGCCAGGGCGGUCGUCGUCGAGGCCUUUCCUGAGGAGGAGGAGGGCGAGGGCAAAGACGGCUCGAGCGGGCGCGACUGGAGCGGGUUUGGCGACGGCGAGGGUUUCCCGCACUUCGAGGUGUACGGCGCGAGGCUCAACCUGCACGUGCAAGGGCUCGAGAUGGGCUUUCCCGUCCCGAGCGUCGUCGAGGGUUGAGCAUGAUGGACGGACGCGAGGUGGCGGCUGUAGCUGCGUGCCGGUGCGCCAAGAGAGCUCUUCUUCUUUG